AUGGGGGCUGCCUGCGGCGCUGGCGGGUUCUGGCAGCGCCUGUCGGGCCCGGCGGAGCAGCGGCUGCUGGAGCUGCUCUCCUACGGGCUGGUGGCCCUGGGCGCCGGCUCGGCGCUGCUGCUGUGCUUUCUCCCCAUGCCGUACGGCCGCUACUCCUCGCGCCGCUUCGGCUGGCUGUUGCCGGCGCGGGCGGCCUGGCUGCUGCAGGAGCUGCCGUCGCUCCUCAUCCCGCUGGGCCUCGCCGCCUGCAGCGGCGCCGCGCGCGUCUCCGAGCUGCCCAACGGCGUCCUGCUGGGGCUCUUCGUCGUGCACUACGCGCACAGGGCACUCAUAUUUCCUCUUCUGAUCCGGGAAGGAAAGCCAACACCAUUUUUCACUUUUGUACUAGCACUUCUGUUCUGUGUUUACAAUGGGUACUUGCAAGGUCGAAGCUUAAGCAACUAUGCAGAAUACCCUUCAACUUGGUUAAAGGAGCCUAUUUUCAUUGCGGGUUUUCUAGGGUGGUUGAUUGGCAUGGCAAUCAAUAUUCAUUCUGAUCAUAUUCUUAGAAAUCUGAGAAAACCAGGGGAACAUGGUUAUAAGAUACCGAGAGGAGGAAUGUUCGAAUAUGUCAGUGGAGCCAACUUUUUUGGAGAGAUCCUGGAAUGGUUUGGGUUUGCACUUGCCUGCUGCACCAUUCAAAGUCUUGCAUUUGCAUUGUGCACGCUUUUCAUCUUGAGUUCACGGGCAAAACAGCACCACCACUGGUACCUUGAGAAAUUUGAAGACUACCCAAAGUCGAGAAAAAUUUUGAUUCCAUUUCUAUAUUGAGCUGUGCUUGAAAUAAGAUCUCAUUCUGUUGGUAAUGGUGUUUUUGAAAUGUCUGCUCUCCGGAACAGCUAACACCUUGUAAGUGUUAGCCAGCUAAUAUUCUCCGAUCGUCAAUGUGACAAAGCCUUUGCAUCAAUGCUAUUAUUAUUACUGCUUUUCCUCU